GAGAACUGUGAUUGAAUGACGUGGCGAGUUUUGAUGGCUCAGAGGGUGAUUCAGAUCAGACAGUAGCAAAUCAAUCAAUCAAUAUUGCACGCUUUUAUUAAAUCAUCCCUCUUUCUUUUAUAACCUUUACUGAGAAGAAAAAAAAGUUGUUUCAUUUUAUUUUUUAUUUUCUGGACAUGGGACUUUGACGCAUGUCAUUUCUUUCAUCCUUGCAAGAUCUAUUCAUUUGAUUUGGUUGGCAGGAAAAUUCGUCUAAAAAAUGGCUUCGAUUUCUUACAAAAUAGAGGUUAAGUCCUAGGAGUACGGGUGAUUUCAUCUGGCAGAAAAUUUGUUUUUGGCAUGCAUAUUCUGAAGCUCCGAAGUCGGCAUUGAAGCUUCUUGACAUAAACUAAAAUCAGUUGGUGGAAAUUGUCUUUUGCUGCUAAAUGUGGCCCCAGCAAUACAUGAGGAGGCAAUGGUAAUUCUCGGCUCAGCCCUUAUAUAUAAUGUCCUUGAAGAAGGUAUUUGCACAUACUGGGCUGCUGAAAAGGAUCAAUCUGAUUUUGGUUCUUAUAUUUAGACCUUCAAGGAUCAGUAUUGUGUAGCGUUUUGCAAGUUCAAGAGCCAAUUCGACUGGGAGUCUGGGACAGCGUAUCAUCGAGUUCCAUCUUGAGAUCCUGAAUGAAGGUGGAUGGCACAAUAUUCGUUAUGAGAGGUUGCUGCAAUUUCCAACAGUUCAAUCACAGCACUUUGAAGUUUGUUAUCGACAAGUCUCGAGCUGAUCUGAGCCAUGCAUCUAAUUCAAGCUCACAAACAUAUGUCAAUGGUAGUCGAGUUAUAACCGAAUUUGGACAUGUGGGCUCUGGUUUGAAGAGUCCACUAAGCUUGGACAGAAGUAAAGCCCAAUUUAUAGCCCAAAGCUUCUGGCAGAUCCCCUGCAUGUGAGAUUACGAGUAUUGUGGGCUUUUUCCGCCCAAAACUGUGUUGCAACCCAGCUACAGCGGCAUCCGAGGUUUAGUAAAUUACAAUUAGGAAAGAACCUUUCUUUGAUUUUUUUUUUUUUUGAUCCGAACCUUUCUUUUAAGUUACUCAUACAUGACAUGACAUGAAAAAUCCUUUGCCAACUGGCAAAGCAUAUUUCGGUUUGUUGAUCAGCUCGAAUUGCCCUGUUAUUUUGCAGUACAACUGCUUUACAGUGCAAGGUAAAAACUGCUUGAAGGGGACAGUAUAAAACGCUUUCGACACCAACCCUUUUUUCUCCAUGGCCAUGAGCCAAGUAGGAAAUGCGAUGUUUAAGCUCAAGCCAUAUAGCCUUAGCUUAAAAGUCUAAUAUCUAAGAAAUAAACUCAAACCAGGCCAGGCUUGUCCCGACACGUGGCCCAAUGCAAUUUUCAGCAACAACCACGAGCGACGAUUUGCUUCCAUAUUACUUCAUUAGUCAAAACUCAAAAGUCAAAAGACUUAAGCAAAUCUUGAACUAGGAUGAAACCCCAAAGUUGAAUCCUCUGAUCUGAAGAGAAUCAGAACAAGAAUCAAUGCAGACAGCAAAUUGUCCUUCUCCCAGAUUUAAAACUGUUUAGUUCUAACACUAAAGCCCCCACUUUCCGACUUCCUCCCUUCCCUUUCCUGUCCUUAACCAUGAACAAAGACACCAGCAGCAGCAGCAGCAGCAGCAGCAGCAUCAACGACAUCUCAUACCUCAAAAUGCAAACUCCAACCUUAAAUUCUGUAAAAACCAUUUCGGUACACACUUUAACAAUUCUAAUCAUCUUGUUUUUCACCGUCACUCCCCAUUCUGCCCUCAAAAUACCACCCCCUUUACCCAUUUUACCCCUUCCUUCCUCUCCUCAGCUCCAAUGGCAACUCUCUUCCAUGGCUUUCUUUCUCCACUUUGGACCCAACACCUUCACUGAUUCAGAGUGGGGCACAGGCCAAGCCAACCCGUCUAUAUUCAACCCGACUCGACUAAACGCUUCCCAGUGGGUCCAUGUAGCCAAGGAAUCUGGGUUUUCGAGGGUGAUCCUUACAGCAAAGCACCAUGAUGGCUUCUGCUUGUGGCCAAGCGAAUACACGGAUUAUUCUGUGAAGGCGAGUCCUUGGAGAAAUGGGAAGGGCGAUGUUGUUGCUGAGUUGGCUAUGGCAGCUAAGGAGUCUGGGGUUGCUCUGGGUCUUUAUUUGUCUCCAUGGGAUAGGCAUGAAAAAUGUUAUGGGAAGACUGUAGAGUACAAUGAAUUCUAUAUGGGACAGAUGGUUGAAUUGCUGACUAGGUAUGGAGAUAUCAAGGAAGUAUGGUUAGAUGGUGCAAAAGGGGAGGGAGAAAAGGAUAUAGAGUAUUACUUUGAUGUUUGGUUUAGUCUCAUUCAUCAGCUUCAACCAGGAGCUGUCAUCUUCUCUGAUGCUGGUCCUGACACCAGGUGGGUUGGUGAUGAGGCUGGCGUCGCUGGUUCUACUUGUUGGUCUCUUUUCAAUCGAAGCAAUGCAGCAAUUGGUGGAACUGAUCCUCAAUACUCCCAAGGAGGAGACCCUCAUGGUAUUGACUGGUUACCUGCUGAGUGUGAUGUCUCAAUUAGGCCUGGUUGGUUUUGGCAUGCAUCAGAAGUUCCAAAGUCGGCAUUGAAGCUUCUUGAUAUAUACUACCGAUCAGCUGGUCGAAAUUGUCUUUUGUUGCUAAAUGUGCCCCCAAAUUCUUCGGGUCUUAUUUCAGAUGAAGAUAUACAAGUACUCCAAGAAUUCAAGGAGCUUCGGAGGUCCAUAUUCUCAAAUAAUUUGGCGAAGAAUGCUCUCCUAAAUGCCAGCAGUACACGAGGAGGCAAUGUUAACUCUCAAUUCAGCCCCUAUAAUGUACUUGAAGAAGGUAUUUACACCUAUUGGGCUCCUGAAGAGGAUCAAUCUGAUUGGGUCUUAUAUUUAGACCUUCAAGAAUCAGUAUCUUUUAAUGUUUUGCAAGUUCAAGAGCCAAUUCACUUGGGACAACGUAUCAUUGAGUUCCAUCUUGAGAUCCUGAAUGGAGGUGGGUGGAAGGUAGUGAUUAAUGGCACAACUGUGGGAUAUAAAAGGUUGCUGCAAUUUCCAACAGUUCAAUCUCAGUACUUGAAGUUUGUUAUCGACAAGUCUCGAGCAGAUCCUCUUAUUUCUUUUCUGGGGAUCCAUAUGGAUCAAUUUUCCAUUAUGAGCCAUGCAUCUGAUACAACCUCACAAACAUUUGUCAAUGGUAGUCAAGUCAUUCGGCAAGUUCCAUACAAUCACUCCCAAACUUCCACAAUACAGUAUAUGUAAUUUCAAGCUGCAAUUGUUGUACAGACAAUUGUUCAAAACUAUUACUGAAAUGUAUUGUUACAUAAUUUGGGGCAUCCUCAAAUGCUGAAGGUAUGAUAGUAUAGGUAUAGGUAUAGCAUGUAUGAUUUCUUUUUUUUUUUUUUUGCGCAUCUGAAAAAAAGGCAUUUGCUGAUACUCAACACAGCCUCGAGUCUUGACCUUUAUGCUGUGCUAAAUCACGUGAAGAAUGACGAGGUCAGUCUUAUAGUUCUAGCUAAAAGGGUGCGUUCCUAUGUUUCACAAUUUUUAUGACUGUUUUUGUUAUUGCCUUUCUUUUUUUUUUUUCAUUCAAUUUGUCCCAUUUAGAAGUCAUACAUGCCUUCUUUUAUGUAGAGUUUUGAAGUGGUGAUAAAAUAAAUCUUGUGUCAA